AGACUAACCGCAAGCAGAGGUUUAGAGCUCACACCUGGACUAUCCUGCACACUUUGACUCUGCAGCGUUAUCAUGGAGGAGCAGCGGUAUCCCCUCAGUGUCUGUCUGAUUGGAGUGAUGCACAAGGAGAAGAGCAAAGUGAGCGCAGGGGGGAGUCUAUUCACGAGCCAAACUGAGAAUAAAUGUUGGUCUGCCACGUGCUUAAUCUGCAUUUUCCUCCACAGAUGUACAUGACCUCCGUGCUUUGGUCGGACCAGAAUGAUAUAGUUAUUUACAGAAGUUUUGGGGAUUUCGUAAAGAUGCACGUAAGUACAAAAUUCGGCCAUUCUGUUUUGCUUGCACAUGUGCAGUUUGUCCUUUAAUUCUGUAAAAUAACGUUCCUAUCCUAUUUCAAUUCCAGAAACAAUUAAAGAAAGCUUUCCCACCCGCGAAUAAACUCAAGAAAUCCGACAGAGUCAUCCCCAAAUUUCGAGGUGAGUGUGCGUAAUGCUCAGUAAAUCUGUGCCAAAGUGCGCAGCAGCAGGUUGGCGGAUUUCUGACUGUUUCUUUUCUCUCUUUCAGCUCAAAAGAUGAAGCGCAAAGGAAAGAAGAAGGGCCCCACUAAGUCACUCCUGCGACUUAAAGCCUUGCAGAAAUACUGUAAUGAACUUCUGAGCUGCGACCCACGAGUGUCUCAGCAUGCAGACCUUAUCCAGUUCUUCCAUCCUAAAGACCAGGACCUGCGGCCAGAGUUCUCCAAAAACAGGUAAGCAGAAAAAAAAGGUUUUCUCUUCUUACAUCAUGGUUUGCCAUGUUUUACCUCCCAGACUUUUAAAUUUAUUCCUCCUGCCAUUGAGUCUGCUGAAUCUGUCAAAUAUUCUUCCUCAACUGUUUUAUUGUUCUAUCCAUCCUUCCACAUUCCUUUCACUUGUUGUUGUUAAGCACUCUUUGGUGCUCGGCAUGCAAAGUUAUGUAAUGAUUUUUUUUCCUUGAGUGCAUUUCCUUCAGUAUUAACCCGCCAUGCUCCUUUUCCUCAGCAUCAUGAUCAUGCCAUCAGAAGAUGAAGUCCAAGGACAGGGUGGUGGAGGCAACGUGACCCAGCCGUUUGUCACUGAGACGUACCGAUGCGUGGCCUCUUAUGAGACCAAAGACACCAAGAACAAACCUUUUAAAGUGGCGCUGGAUGAAAAAGUAGACGUGCUCAUCAAAGACAAAGCAGGUGAGGAUUCACAGAUACGGAUUACUGGUACCUAAAUAUGCUGAGAGCUGCUGGAUGUUGAACGUUCAUUUGUGUUGGUUCAGGGUGGUGGCUGGUGGAGAAUGAGGACAAGCGCAUGGCCUGGUUUCCUGCACCGUACCUGGAGAGGCUGGAGGAUGAGGAUGAUGAUGAUGAACAAGAUGGGACUCCUGAAAGAGGUACUUAGAUAAAUACACUUUCUAUCAUUUGUAUCUUGCUUGCUUUACAUGCUUUAUUGAUCCUUUUGGGAAGGGUUUAUCAAGGAAAUUAAAAAUAUAUGUGACGAUAAAAAUUGUCUUUGCCUGUACCUAAUAAUUAAACACCUCAUUGUUGUUCCAAGAAUUAAAUUUCAAGAUAUUCUUCAGCCCUACAUCACACAUGCUGAAGUCAUUUUUUCCCUCUUUUAGGAAUGCUGUACUGUGCCGUCAAGAGCUACAAGGCUGCCAAAGAUGAUGAGAUAACUGUACCCAUAGGAUCCGUGGUGGAGGUUCUCCAGCAGUCAGACAAUGGCUGGUGGUUCAUCAGGUAACCAACAUAUUUCAGACAAAAACAAACAAUGGUUUCGUUUGUGUUCAUGUUGACUCCCUGAAGCCACAGGAAUCCAGAUUUUCAACCACACAUUCUUGUCUUUCUCUUCCUUGACAGAUACAACGGUAAAGCAGGUUACAUCCCCACCAUGUACCUGCAGCCCUACAACUACCCUCACAUCCGCAUGUCGCCCAUCCAACAGGACUUCCGCUCCAGCUCUCCGCUCCAGGUUGCAGGUCUGGACCAGCAGUCUCGCCACCUCAGCAACUCACAAGGAAACCUGCUUCUUUCACCAGUCAGGUCGUCCUCUCCUCACCCACUCCAACCUGACAGCAGGCAGAAGUCCCGCUCUAUGACCCUCCUGUCCCAGCAACCUCCUACUCUGCCUGCCAGGAGCGUCACCCCAACCCCCCCAUCCACCACUAGAGUUGCCAACGCACCCACAACCGCCAAGCAACCCCCUCCUCCUGCAAUAAUGGUGGAGAUGGAUGGAGAAGAAGCUCAAGGUAGCAGGAGCUGGGGAGACGAAAGUGAGGGAAGCUUUUCCGGCGACAGCUCUGACUUCAGCUUCAGCGACGACCUCAGCUCCUCUUCAGCAAGCUCCACUGCCAACCUGAGCCCAACCACUAAUGACGACCGGCUGCGUUUCAGCCGCACACCUCCUCCUCCAUCAAGCAACCGCCUGAGCCCGACAAGCGCCCAUGAAGGGAAACUGAUGCCAAGCAUCUCUGACCCAAACCUCUACAAGGGACCGACAACACCUAAGGUACCACCUAGACCACAGGCCCAAGAGAUCCUGAAAAGAUGCACAACUAUCACCCGCAAGAACGCAGCCAGAGGAGGAGCUUCACCUACUCCACCUGAGAUUGUCAGUCGAUGAAGUUUCUGUUGAUUUUCUUUACCUUAGAAAAUCAAGAUGGACUUUUUGGAAUAAACAAAGUUACAAACUGCAAGACUGCGGUGAGAGAUGAGAAGAGUUACGGAACUUUUUUAGUCUUAUGAAACAGUCAAGAGGCACCAGAUGCAUUUAGAUGAUUUUAUAUAGAGUUUUUCAAGUUGUAUUCAUACAGCAUCAUUUUAAAAAGAGAUGGCUGACAUGUUUAUCAAAAAAAUGUACAAUGUACAAAGGCUUUGUCUUUUAAAAGUAAUCAGCGAAGUCUGUUUAAAGGUGAUUACAUAAUCAGAAACACUAACUUUACCUCCUUACUUCCCUCUGUCUUAAAUGAUUAUUUAUUUUCCAUACUGGAAACCCUGUGUUGUGCCUUAUAUGCAUUUUGACUGCUGUUUACAGAUAGACAGAAACAGAGUAAAAGUAAGUGUGUCUAAAAUAACAGUGUCUGCCUGCGUGUAUGUGAACAAGUCUAUUUUCUACCUUAGAGUGACAGCUAACUCAAUGUGAUGAAUGAGAUACUUGUAAAUAUUGGAAUACCUCUUGUGUACAAACACUGAACGCCUGGAUCAAUCCAGAACUAAAUUGUGUAAAUUUCUGGAUGUAUUCGUGUCAGUGGUGAGUUUGAAGCAAUAAAAAGUGUGUUCUGGGAAUGGAACUGUGACUUA